AUGAUCGAAGUGCGCCACAGACUUCCCCGCUCUCACCCCCUGAGCAAGCGCAGGAUCAGGGUCAUCUUGCGUACCAGUCGAUCGCAAUCAUCGCCGCCACAAGAGAGCCACAAGCCGCCAAGAAGGUCCCUGAUUCGAAUCAAGAUCCGCCCGCGUGUCGAUGGCUCUGGCACGACCGGUCGCGGGCAGGAGAACCCAGUGGCCAAGAAUGAGCCGAUGGACGAGUGUUUCGACAACACCGGGCUGAUUCACAUCCCGGCGGCGGCCUCUCCGCCCCCCCUGCCCGUCAUCCAAAUGCGGCUCGACACAACCCAACUCUCAUACGAGGCAGACGAGUCGGGUGGCGCCAUUGAUCCCGAUUCUCUCGUGAUCAAAGAGGAACCAGGGUUCGGUGCCGGGUCACCAUGA